AAAAAUCCGGUGUGCUGAUCCCGGUGAUCCGUAAACACCACGGGUGUUUCGCGAAAGUCGCCGCCAUGGGAGAAGAUGGACCUGGCUCGAAGAUGUGGAACGCCUUCUGCUCGAUGUGCGUUGGCAUGGUGGUGUUUCCCCUGUCCUUGUACCUCCUAGGGUCCAAUGAACAGCAGUACAUGUGCACUCACAAGAGCAUCAUUUUCGCCGAUCAGAAGUCCAAGGUGAUCCAAUGUGACCAGCCCGACCUGGCUGACGGGAUUGCGUUCAUGUCCUGUCCCAUCAAGGAGGACAGUCUGAUGACCUUCAACGGAGUCAGCUUUGGCGCCACCGGCAUUGGCAACGCCAUCCAUUUCAAAUCCGCAGCCGCCGCCAUGAAAGCGGAGAUGUUUCAAUGCGUGGAAUACUCCAAAGAGGAGAAAAUCGGCAACACCAGUGUCAAGGUUUAUAGUUACAAGAUGGAAUGGAAGGAUUCCCUCAUCGACGUCUACAAGUUUUCGUGGACGGCGCAAGCAAUUACUGCGCGCGACUACGGCUGCCCGGGCCUGACACCUGGUCAGGGUGGGCAUAUUUGGCCCAGCAACGUGCCGCGGGGGACGGUGCAGCACUAUGCACCGGAGGUCCGCGCCGGUCCGUUGAUCAUCGACUCCGAACUGAUGAGAGGAGGAUACGCCUCAGGGCUGUCGAUUAACUUUGCAACGCCUGUGAACUUGAACGAGUUCAGAGGCAGCUUCGAAGGCUUCGAUCAGCUUCCAAUGACGAAGCUGGUGCAAUCGAUGAUUCAGCCAGCGGCUCACCACGCGUCCAACUGGUACACCCAAGUCGUGAAGAAUCCCGUUUUCACCAACGCGGGCGCGGGCGGCGCGGGCGGCCCUGCCAGCCAUCCCGGUGGUCACCACCCUGCGCCACACCAUGGUCGACGCCUCUUCGAUUUCACCAAUCCCUUCGGUCAUACCGUGAAGACCAUGGAUAUGUCUUCCGUGGGUCCUCACAACGCAGCGAUCGAUGGCUCGGGCACGUACGUCAUCACCUGCCAACAGCAACGGAUCGGCUGCAUUCGCAUCCAAUUUUUCAAGAACUGGGACACAAUUGUCACCAUGGUCAGUGCAGUGCAAGGAGGAAGCACCUUGCCAGUGGAUGUGCCUUCUUCCUGGGGCUGCGGUACGGACAAGUUCCAAGCCUUGGAAGGUGGCGAGGAGUCCAAGAGCUCCUUCUUCAGCAUGAUGGAGGAGUCCAAUACCUCCACCACCUGGAUGAUGCGCGUCUUCGGUUUGUUGCUCACUUGGGCGGCCGUGUACUGUUGUUUUGCCCCUAUUGCUGGGGCCAUCGAUGUGGUGGGUGAUUGCAUUCGGGGCAUUCCCUGCUUGGGCCAGUUCUUGGAAGAUCUGCUGGAAGGCAUGGUGACCUGCAUCUUGUGUGUGGUCUCGUGCGGCUUCGGCUGCUCCUGUGGCCUUUUCGUCAUCGCCGUGGUGUGGCUCUACAUGCGGCCUCUGAUUGGCGGUGGGCUCAUGCUCUUCUGUGCAGCUCUGGCAGCUGGAGCGUACUUUCUGGGCCAGGGCAGCAAAAAUAAGGAUUCGAGAAAUUUGGUCUCCGAACUGGUGCCAAUGACUGAGGGUAACAAUCCAGCUUGAAAACAGCGGAGUCUAAGUCGCGAUGGCUGAAUUUGAUUUUUGGCGAUGGGUCAAGAUUGUGUGAGAUGCGAUGUCUUAAGUUUUUAAGGGAUGUUGGUUUUGUGUUUU